AACUGGUACGAUUGAAGCUUAAAACAAGUCAGCACAAAACCAAAAUCAAUCUUUGCUAAACCAAUGGAGAAAUCACAAACAAACCAGGAGAGAUAACACGAAAAUUUAACAUUAAUAACUCGGAAAAAUGUUUUAUUGAUUAGAGAAAUGAUGCAACGAAAGCAAACCUAAAAAGAAUUAUGGAGAUACACAGCAUUGUUGUUGCUUUGAUUUUCUCUCAAGUUGUUCUCGCAGCGUAUGCAAAGGUUAUUAGCGAAUAUAUAGUGCAAGAAGAAAAUGGAGAAAAUUCUGAUUAUCCAAGUUACAAAAGGACUACAAAGAAGGCAUAUUGUGUUUUCUCAAAAGAGUCAAAAGAAAGCAAAUUUAUAGACUUUUUAGAAGAGGUUAAAAAGCGGUAUUACGACCUUCAUCCAUUUCUUAUUGGCACAAUGCCUAACGUUGACCGCGAAACAGUUCGUAAGACAUUUAAACCGUUCGAUGCAAGACCAGAAAAACGCAAAGAAAGGACGGAUGCUGCAGCGGAGCUGUUAAAAAAGCUGAAAACGCUGAAAAUAUCGGAUGCAAAAUUGAAAUCGCGUGAAGCGAGAGCACUAGCAUCAUUAGAGUACUUUUUACAACAUAACUUUGAUUUUCCAUUGGAACAUUACUAUGAAGGAACCUGGAUGCUAGGCCCGGACUAUCUUUGUAAUCACAUUAGCUGUGACGUAGGCACACAUUUACGGACUGUCCUGCGCAGAUUUAAACCAAAGACUGUGAGUGACAUAGAAACAGUGAUCAAAUGGAUCAUGGGAUUUCGUGAAACGUUUGAUCAGCUGAAAGAAAAUUUGAAGCUAGGGGUAGCUGCUGGCAUGGUGCAGCCGCGCGAAGUUUGCCGCGCAAGCAUAGAUGCGCUAGAGCAAGCUUAUCCUGAAUUGUUAGAGAAUGGGCCUAAAGGCAUACUGGAUGAUUUUGUUGGAUGGAUGAUUACACAAGGCAGUUUUUUGACAAUGGUCGAGAAAAGUGCUGAAAAGGAAUGGAAAGAAAAAAACGGCUUAACCAUAAGACAAUCUCUGGAAGAAGCUUUAGUGAAGGGUUUUGGCAAACCGUGGCAAGAAUACAUCGAUUAUUUGAAAGAUGACCACAUGAAGCAUUGCGUCACGAGUGACAUUGCCAGUGGCCUAAGCAUUCUGCCUCUGAGUGAUGUGUACAAUAACGGAAAGAAGGAUGUGAAGUCUACAAUGAAGUUACCAACAGGCGAAAUCAUUGAUGGGAAGAAAAUUUACGAACAACUGAUCCAUUACUACACAACUACCAAUUUGCCUGUCGAGGAGAUAUACCAAAAAGGACAAAAAGUGCUGGAUAUCUUUUACCCCAAGAUGGAGAAAUUAGCACAAGAAAUUUCCAAUGCUUCAGAAAGAGAAACCAGCAUUAAAAAGUUCAAAGAAAUUGCUGCUUCACCAGAAGAAUAUUUCAACGAAGGACCGUUUCCAAAAAAUGAAACUGGCGAUGAGGCCCAAAGCAAAUGUUCAAGUGAAAGAACGGCAAUGAUUUACUGCCCCAAACGAUGGGAGGCCCUGCAAAAAUGGUUCAAGUUCUCUAGAGAUGUGAUGCAAAAGAUCAACAGCAAGUUGCCAAGUCUCUUCUUCCACUCGGGUGAACGCCGGAGUGUGCCAUCGUGUCCCGUCAAACUCGUACCAGACUUCAAUCCGUCUGCUGGGGUACCAAGCUACAUUGAAGGAGACGAAGAUUGUAUCGACCCAGGAAAAUACUUUAUUCCUUUUUUCAAUGAAAAGAGCGGACCAAAACACGAGGACACGACAACGAACGGACAUGAGGCGAGGCCAGGGCACCAUCUUCAGAGCCAAGGUUAUUUGGAAAACUUUGCUGAUCCCUGCGAUGACAUCAUAACCUGGCUGGAUGACAUGAUAAGCCAUAACACGGCUUUUGCAGAAGGAUGGGGGCUGUAUGCAGAGAACCCCCUUUUACCGGAAGACUUGGACUUAUAUAAAGACAAUAAACUAGAAGAGUUUGGAAUGACAAAAUGGCAGCUUUGGAGGGCCCUUCGAGUUAUUGUUGAUAUUGGCCUACAUUACAAAAAUCUGACAAGGGAUGAAGCAUUGGCACUGUUCUCUAAAUAUGCUUGGGAUUCUACAGAUAUGGUGAAGAAGGAGAUAACGCGGUACCAAGGUACGCCAGGUCAAGCAACUUCUUAUUUGGUUGGCCAGCAAGUUAUUAUUGAAGCAAGGAAGAAUCUGGAAGAGAAGCUGGGAGAUAAAUUUGAUAUAAAGAAGUUCCAUUUUCAAAUACUGUCACAAAGUCACGCGACGCUGACUUUUAUUAAGCGUUACAUGGAGCACUAUGCCUCGUGCAAAGGAGGCUCCAACAGAAAUAGCUGCAACCAAGUAAUGAAUAAAAACGACUAUGCUAAUUUUUGUAAACGAGGCAUGGAGAAGACAGAAGGCUCAAAGCUGAACAGAGAGAUUAUAUCAAUGUUACGAAAGAGAAUAUAUUAUUAACAAUAAUUUUUAUUUAUGAAAUGUGUUAUUUUAUAUCACAACUUUCUUAUGAUUAUAAUGUAGCAUAUUUUUCCCUGUUGCCUCCAGAGCAGUUGCCGUUUUUUAGAAUCCACUUACUAGGAACAACAGUUAACAUUGCCACUUCGAUUUUAAGCCUCCAAUUUUCCCUGCGUCUAUUUAGUCUAACACGUUCAACAUUUACGAAUUUAGUUUCAAAUCUGAUGAUAAACUGGUUACUCUUGGCUGACGAUACGUAGGCUCGAGUCAGACAAACUAACCGUAAAUGUUUAGAAAACCCGGUUUUAAAAUUAAUUUCCUCUUUAUUCCCAAAACGGCUAGCAAGAAAUGUUACUGUUUGGAAGUGAGAACAAAAACAUUACCUUAGGCCGCUGCAACAGAAGUUUCUAACCUUCGAUCGAGUGCUUCCACUUUUCAUGUAGAGUAGCGUUAACUCCAAAAAAUUUACUUUCCGUGUUAUUUUGGAAAGAGUUUUUGCCAUUUCUUUCCUUAUCCAUUUCUUCACCCCUUGCAUUUCCAUGCAUCCUGUCAUAUGCACUCAUUUCUCUCGUAUUGUCUAAUCGAAAAUUAUGGCAUGGCAUUGCUGUCGCUUGGUUUGCACCAAUUCAAAAUAAACAAGCAAGGAUAGCAAUACUCUAAGGACGCAAACUAAAUCCCAAAACAACAACAGAUAAGUAAAUCGAAAAAAUUUCACUGUUUAAAACGACCAUACCAAACGCAAAUCUCUAAACAUAUCAUUUCCCAUAGGAACGUGAAUAGUUGAAUUGGAGGCCUUUUGAUAAUUAUCAGUG